AUGGGCGAACUGGAAAGCGACCCGGCGUGGCAGUACCUUCGGCUCAGCGAAGAUCAGCGGUUGGCAAACUCGACGAAAAAGUUCGAUUCCAAAAAGAACUGCUGGGUUCCCGACUCGACAGAGGGGUUUCUUGAAGCCGAGAUAAAGUCGACGAAAGGCGACCAGGUCACGGUAGUUACCAGUAAAGGCGAAGUAAGUCAGCGUAUACAGAGGUCAAUAGUUUUUUGGGAUUUCGCAUGAAUUUUAUUCAUUACAGAAGACACUAAAGAAAGAUGAGAUUCAACAAAUGAAUCCACCGAAAUAUGAUAGAUGCGAAGAUAUGGCAAACUUGACAUUUUUAAAUGACGCGUCUGUGCUGCAUAACCUGCGGGCACGAUACAGUUCUAUGAUGAUCUACGUAGGUUGGGGAAAUAGUAGGAAUGGGCUUUGCAAGGCUUCAGAAAGUGUAUCAGAGUAUCUUUCCAGACGUACUCCGGCCUUUUUUGCGUCGUCAUAAAUCCGUAUAAACGGCUACCGAUCUAUUCAGAAAGUGUUUGCAAAAUGUUUAUGGGACGACGGAGGAACGAAAUGCCACCUCAUUUGUUCGCCGUGUGCGACGAAGCUUACAGAAACAUGGUUAACGGUAAGGCGCAUUCUCUCAUUUCCAGACAUCCAAUUAAGAACACGAGAACCAGUCAAUGUUGAUUACUGGUGAAUCUGGAGCCGGAAAAACUGAAAACACCAAGAAAGUUAUUUCGUACUUUGCCGUCGUCGGAGGGUCAUCUAACAAAGCGUGAGUUUUAUAUCAGAAAAGUAGUAACUGAAGAGCACUUUUUUCAGAAAAAAGUCGGAUAAAUCAGAAGCGUCAUUGGAAGAUCAAAUUGUCCGAACCAACCCCGUGCUGGAAGCCUAUGGUAACGACAAAGCGCUAUUUCUUGCUAUAUGCUUUUUCGUAAUAUAUUUCUGUAAUGCGGAGCAGCUGAAUGUCUUGCUUAACUCUGUCUUUGUAGCUCAUCAAAAAAAUGCUUUUGUUUUACACUUUUUUCGCUUAGACGUCGCAUCAUGUUGCAUCAAUGAACUAUUUAUAGGAAAUGCAAAAACUGUCCGCAACAACAAUUCUUCUCGUUUCGGAAAGUUCAUUCGUAUUCAUUUCAACAAUGCCGGAAAACUGGCCGGUGGGGAUAUUGAGCAUUGUGAGUUAAUGAGCAUCAACCAAAGCGCAUGCAGAUAAUCAAAACGAUUAUACAUUUUUUAGACCUCUUGGAGAAGUCGCGUGUGAUCAAACAAGCUCCUGGUGAAAGAAACUACCACAUCUUUUAUCAAAUCAUGUCUGGUGCCAUCCCCGGCUUAAAAGGUGUGUGAGGGUAACUUUACAGUAGACCGUUAUUGUAGAAAAGUUGUUCUUGACAAAGGGAGUUCGCGAAUACUCGUUUAUCGCUCAAGCCGAGGUUACCAUUGAUGGUGUGAACGAUCAAGAGGAGAUGAUUCUCACUGAUGUAUGUCACAUUGACUUUAUUUCAAACGAGAAACAUUUUUAUAAAAUUAAAGGGAAACCAAUUUUAGGAAUCGUUUGAUAUCCUGCGUUUUACCGCCGAGGAAAAGUUUGAUCUGUGGUGUGUCACCGCUGCCAUCGUGCAUAUGGGCGAGAUGAAGUUCAAACAACGACCACGCGAAGAGAACGCUGAGGUUGAGGACGCAGCUGCCGCUGAAUUAACUGCCAAGCUUUUCAAAGUUGACACGCAAAAGUUGCUCACGGCCUUUAUAAAGCCUCGUGUUAAAGUUGGGACUGAGUGGGUGAACAAAGGUCAAAACCUGGAACAGGUCACUUGGUCGGUUGGAGCUCUAGCCAAGGCUUUGUUUGCUCGCAUCUUCAGCUGGCUCAUCAAGAAAUGCAACUUGACAUUAGACGCAAAAGAUCUCAGCAGGGACUCCUUCAUUGGUGUGCUGGACAUUGCUGGAUUUGAGAUUUUCGACGUAGGUUACGGGACAUUUCUAGGUGUUGCUGCUGGCCUACAUGUGCAAUUCAAAUCUGUUUUAGCUCAAUAGUUUCGAACAGCUUUGGAUCAACUUUGUCAACGAGAGGCUACAGCAAUUCUUUAAUCACCAUAUGUUUGUGCUUGAACAGGAAGAGUAUAAAAGGGAAGGAAUUCAAUGGGAAUUCAUAGAUUUUGGGCUGGAUUUGGAAGCGUGCAUUGAACUGAUAGAGAAGGUAAAUUAUCACCAGCUACAACAAAUCGAAGCGCAAUAACGCCUUUUUAUGACAAUUUUUCAGCCGCUUGGAAUUAUCUCUAUGUUGGAUGAGGAGUGCAUCGUUCCAAAGGCCUCAGAUACGACGUUAGCCUCCAAGCUGAACGACCAACAUUUGGGCAAGCACCCGAACUUCCAAAAACCCAAGCCUCCAAAGGGAAAACAAGCGGAUGCUCACUUCGCCCUGGUCCAUUAUGCAGGUACCGUGCGGUACAAUGUGAAAGGCUGGCUAGAAAAGAACAAAGACCCGCUAAACGACACGGUAGUAAGCGUUCUAAAAGGAAAUGACAAAAUGGCUUUGCUAUCUGAUCUAUGGUCCGAUUAUACAACUCAAGAAGACCAGGUGGCUAAUGAUGCCCGAGGUAACGGAAAACUGAGAUAUUUUAAAGCCGUCUUUAGGCAAAAAAGCACCCGGUAAAAAGAAGGGAAAGUCGGCAUCCUUUGCCACCGUGUCGAUGCUAUACCGAGAAUCGCUGAAUAAGCUAAUGAAUAUGCUUCAUCAAACCCACCCGCACUUUAUUCGUUGCAUUAUUCCAAACGAACAGAAGAAAGCCGGCCUUAUUGAAGCCAAUCUUGUACUGAACCAAUUAACUUGUAAUGGUGUGCUUGAGGGUAUCCGAAUUUGCCGCAAAGGUUUUCCCAACCGAAUCACAUAUCCCGACUUUAAGCAGCGGUAGGCUUUCCAAAGUUAGGUUUUCAUUUUAAAAACAGAUACGCGAUCCUAGCGGCAGAUGAGGCUGCCCAAUCAGAUCCGAAAAAGGCCGGGUUAGGAAUGACAAAAAAAAUCGAGAAGAAUGGAGACUUGAAGCCGGAUGAGUACCAAUGUGGUGACACAAAGGUUUUCUUCCGCGCCGGAGUUCUUGCACGAAUGGAGGAAUUACGAGACGAAGCCUUGAGCAAAAUGAUCUCAAAGUUCCAAGUCCAAUGCAGGUAUUAUUUGGCCCAGAACGAGUAUCAAAGACGACUCCAUGCGACGUAAGUAAUGUUAAUCAUUGGCACAAAAUCUUAAUUAAACAAACUUUGCCUAUGCUAGACAUUUUUUCUUUCAGUGCUGGCAUCAAGCUCAUCCAGAGAAAUAUUCGGCGUUGGUGUACAUUACGAACUUGGCCCUGGUUCAAAUGCUACUCCCAAGUGAAACCACUGAUAGCAGGAAGCAAGCAAGUAAGGAUUUACAAAUGGUAUUGCCGUUAACGAAGGCAAUACGUCUUAAUUAUCAACCCGGAUGGAGUGGAUAGUGUUGAUUUUUGUGUAGGAGGGUAAUCCAGUGAAAUUCAAUACUCUUUUUCUGGGAUGUACUCCAAGACAGAUUAUUAUCCACUUACCGCUAGAACAAUAACUUCGGGGCAAAUACAAGACAUUGACGAUUGUCUUGUUUGAAAUAUUAGUUUUGCUUCCUAUAAUUUACUAGGUUAUACUUACUGUUUUGCUAUGAAUGAGCUUCCAUUUUUGCACUAAAGUUUUAAAAUUUUAGGGAGAAAAAAUGGAGGAGCUGGAGCAACGCUUCAAGGAGUUGGAAGAAAAUUUUGCCAAGGAAGAAAAGGCCAGGAAGGAACUGGAGGCUGUGAAUCAAAAGCUAGCGGCGGAGAAGCAGGCGCUAUCUCUCCAAGUUGAGAGGGAGCGGGAAAACACCAGCGAAUCUGAUGAGAGAUCUGGCAAAAUUUUGGCACAGAAGGCUGACGUGGAACGCCAGGUAGAAUUAUAAAGUGACGUUUAGACGAGAAAAAAUUUUUUUAGCUUAAAGACAUCCACGAACAGUUAGCCGACCAAGAAGACCGAAAUCUUGAGCUGCAGAAGCACCGCAAAAAGCUCGAAGCGGACUGCGACCGUCUGAAGAAUUCGGUAAAGGAUAUGGAAAUUGCUCUCAAGAAGCAGGAAAACGAGAAACAAAGCAAAGAGCACCAAAUUCGGACUUUACAAGAAGAGAUUCAAUCUCAAGAUGACGCUAUAGCUAAAGCGAACAAAGAAAGGAAGCAUCAAGAAGAGUUAAAUCGAAAGUUACUGGACGACAUUCAGGCGGAGAAGGAAAAGCAGAACCAGCUUAGCAAGUCGAAGGCAAAGCUGGAACAGGCUUUAGACCAGGCUGAAGAUAACUUGGAGAGAGAGAAACGCAUGAAGGCUGACAUGGAAAAACAGAAACGCAAGGUUGAAGGGGAGCUAAAAGUUGCCCAAGAAAACCUUGAGGAAAUCGCUCGAGCCAGGAUGGAUCUAGAGAACAAAUUGAAACAGUGGGUGAAUUAACGAGUUUAAAGUUAAAAUUCGCUCUUACAGAAAAGAGACCGACCUUAUCUCCUACAUCCAACGUUACGAAGACGAACAAGCAUUGGUAGCCAAACUCCAACGCCAAGUUAAAGAACUUCAAGCUCGCAUAGUUGAACUCGAAGAGGAACUGGAAGCAGAACGUCAGUCUCGUAUUAAAGCUGAAAAAUCAAGGUACGAAAUGCAGCAAGAGCUGGAGGAGCUCGCCGAUCGGCUUGACGAAGCCGGCGGAGCAACCCAAGCGCAAAUGGAAAUGAACAAGAAACGAGAAGCGGAGAUGAUGAAGCUUCGCAGAGACUUAGAGGAAGCUAACAUGCAGCAUGAGACUCAACUUGCAGCCAUGAGAAAGAAACAAGGAGAUGCGGUAGCUGAGCUCACAGAUCAGUUGGACACACUGCAAAAACUGCGGCUGAAGUAGGGUAGAUAAGAGAAACGAACCUUCUUUUAUUUCAGGAUGGAAAAGGAAAAGAUCGCUGCGCAAAAGGAAGCAGAAGAAGCUCAACAAGGUCUAGAACGUGAGGAGAGACAAAAGUCUGAUCUGGACCGUCUUGCAAAGCGCCUUGAAGUUCAACUAACAGAGCUACAACUUAAAAAUGACGAACAACUUCGCCAGCUUAACGAACUGAAUACGUAUAAGCUCCGAAGUAGCGCCGAGAUUGGAGAACUAAACAGGUAUGGCAUUCAUUUGCAUCCUUUGUACGUCUUGCUGCAGGCAGUUAGAGGACGCGGAAAACCAAAUAAUGGCGGUUGGUCGGCUGAAAAGUCAGCUCAACAAUCAAGUCGAAGACUUGAGGAAACAGCUUGAGCAAGAAGCGAGAGAGAAGCAGUCAUUAGUGAACCAGGUGAGCAACGACAGACGGCAAUAAACUAAAAUUUAAGCUUUCCAACUAUCAAGCGGAAUGUCAACAACUUCGUGAUGCUCUUGAUGAAGAGCAAGAUUCUAAAUCCGAUUUGCAAAGACAAAUCAGCAAAGCCAACGCCGAAGCGGCACAAUGGCGUGCCAAAUAUGAAGGCGAGGGAAUGUCGAGAAGUGAGGAGAUCGAAGAAGCAAAGCGAAAAAUGAAUCAGAAACUUAUGGAGAUUCAGGAAGAGCUUGAGCAAGCAAACCAGCGAAUUGGGUCGAGCGAGAAGGUCCGUAAUCGGCUUCAGCAAGAGCUUGAAGAUGCCCAACUCGAUGCUGAAAGGGCAAACACAUUAGCCACUGCGCUGGAAAAGAAACAAAAAGGCUUUGACAAAGUAAUAGAUGAAUGGAGAGCAAAAUGUGACUCAUUGUCAACUGAGCUUGAAGCCGCUCAGCGCGACCAACGGUCGGCACAAACCGAAUCGUUCAGACUAAGAACAGCGCUCGAUGAGACGAAUGAGCAAAUCGAAGCGGUGAGGAGAGAAAAUAAGAACUUGGCUCAAGAGAUCAAGGACAUUACCGAUCAAUUGGGCGAAGGAGGCCGCAGCGUGCACGACUUGCAGAAAAUCCGGAGGAGACUGGAAAUGGAGAAGGACGAACUCCAGCAAGCUCUUGAGGAUGCAGAAAGUGCUUUAGAGGCCGAAGAAUCAAAGCUUAUGAGAGCCCAAGUCGAAAUCUCACAAAUCCGCGCGGAGAUCGAAAAACGGCUCGCUGAAAAAGAAGAGGAAUUUGAGAACACUAGAAGAAAUCAUCAAAGGGCUCUCGAAUCAUUGCAGGCCAGCUUAGAGACGGAAACUAGAGGACGUGCUGAACUUUUGAGAGUCAAGAAGAAGCUCGAAAGCGACAUAAAUGAGCUUGAGAUCGGCCUUGACCAAGCCAACAGAGCAAAUGCCGACGCUCAAAGAAAUCUCAGAAGUUACCAAGAGAGUGUCCGCGAUCUUCAACUGCAGGUAGAAGAUGAACAACGACAAAAAGCGACCAUGCAAGACCAGGUGACAACAGCUGAACGACGGGUUACGAUAUUGCAGACGGAAAAGGACGAACUCUCUAGAACUAUUGAACAGGUAUGAGGUACCACAUUUAGUUCUUACAAUUUUAGGUGGAACGAGCUCGCCGCCAGGCCGAAUUAGAGCGGGCAGAAGCACAGGAAAGCCUGAACGCAUUGACUGAUGCGAAUGCCAAUUUGGCUGCUAUCCGCCGAAAAUACGAAGCCGAACUACAGGUAGGAUAAUUUAAAUAAUUCCGAGAGCAAUGUUUUAGCAAGCGCAAACCGAGCUCUCCGACGCCUUGAACGAGUUAAACGGAGCAAACGAACAGCUUCGAAAGACAUCCACUGACGCAGCACGUUUGGCUGAGGAGCUUAAGGCUGAGCAAGACCAUUCACAAGCCAUCGACAGACAACGAAAAAAUUUGGAGUUGCAGGUUAAGGACCUACAAGCGCGUCUUGAUGAGGCCGAAAGCCUUGGUCUGAAGGGUGGGAAACGCCAGCUUGCAAAGUUGGAAGGAAGAAUACAGGAGUUGGAGCAAGAGCUUGAACAAGAAAAUCAUCGACAUGCAGAAACGCAAAAGAAUUACCGGAACAAGGAGCGUCGUUGUCGUGAACUGCAAUUUCAGGUGGAAGAGGAUAAAAAAACUCAAGAACGAACAUACGACCUGGUCGAAAAGCUUCAAUCUAAGAUUAAAACAUAUAAGCGACAAGUUGAGGAAGCAGUAGGUUUCUAUUUUAAGGGAAACUUGAUCAAGCCAAGAGUCAGGAAAAACUAUUUUUUUGUAGGAGCAGUUGGCUAAUACGAAUCUCGCCAAGUACAAACAACUUCAGCAUAUGCUUGAGGAUGCUGAAGAGCGGGCUGAUAUGGCUGAGAAUUCUUUAAGCAAGUUCCGUGCCAAGUCGAGAUCAGCCUCUGGACUGGCGUUGAACCGCGGUCUUUCACACUCAGUGGGUUAAUAACAUGUGCUUUUAUUAAUGACUUACAUAUUUACAACGCAAACUCAAUCCACUUGCAGAUGUCAUCCGCUGUUAUCUCAUCCCGAUCGCGUGCUGCAAUCCUGGAAGAGGACUAG